AUGACUGCCCGCGGAGAAGAUGCAGCUCGAAGAAUAACGGCGCAGCCUAAAGACGCAAAGCGACUGCGGUCUCUCUUCGAGAUGCAUAAGGUUUUGGUGCCCAGACUCUCCGGAAUUCAUAGGUUCGCUUGUUUGGCCCUCUAUCGAGCUCUCCUUCGACGAUGCGCGAAGCUACCGACCACAGCACUUGACGCCGACGUUAAAGCCCUUGUACAACAAAAGUUUCAUAGAUAUAGGAACUUGCAAAGUCCUUCACAGACAUCCAAUGCCUUAAAGGCUGGAUAUGAGGCCCUAGAUUUGCUACACUCUGCCUCUCAAGGACACCGGAAUGAUGUUGAACGUAUAACAACCCUUAUUUCGCAAAGUCGGUCUAUGAAGCAAGAGAAUGCUUCAAUGCAAAGGGCUUUGACGGCAGCGAGACCUCCGAAACCGUUGUCUCCGAAGCAGCGGAAGAAAGAAGAAGCAAAGCGUUUCCAAGCGUCGACCGCUAGACGGCAUCCCGAUGCCACUCCAAUUCUCUGUCGUCCUCGGCCUGUGGUGCGUGGAGGACGCCGGGUACCGGUUCUGGUCAGCGCCCGUGGAAUUCCUUUCCUUCGCAUCAAGAAACCCCAGCCGAUGGUUCUCAGCGGUGUGAUAAGGAGCAAGCUUGAGACGCGCUGGAGGCGUGUUGAGCACCGGGAAAUGCUGAAUACAGAACUUUUGUUUGCCAGAGACGAAGACAUGUGGGAUAGACUAACGACUGGCGGGGAACCAGCAACCUGGAUUGAAGCAGUCGAGAGCUCAUUAAAAGAGGUCUCGAGGCUGAUAAAAGUGACUGAUUACAAGAAUAAGCAGCUCGCAGAGGCCAUGUGGAAAGUCGUCCUAGCUGAACGUAAAUUGGCGGCCGAAGAAGAGAGCAGAGAUCGCCUGGCAGAAAAAAAGAGUUGAUUAACUCCUUUUCCUUGAAAUAUUGGCCAUCAGUGACCGGGAUGAUUUUUAGCGCAUCGUUGACUCGUACCACACUCGUCAUGGCUUUACAUUCGUUCUGGUAGCCCAAGGCGCUCGAGGCUGUCUCACCAUCCAUCCCUUAUCAUUCUCAGGGGACUGUCGUAAUGAACCUGGACGCUGCUGCGCCACCAGAAAUCAUGGGAAGGUCGUAUUCCACAACGUCCGGUCCGAGAGAUUGGAAGUGCUUCACUUCAUCGUCUUCAAGCUAGGGCGUUUCCGAAGAAGAACAGAUAUUUUCGCCGGGCCCGUGAUGAUGUCGAGUAGCGUGAGCAGUGUUAGCCUUUCUGGAAGGAAAAGGGACUGGUCUUGCUUGUUCACCUUCGUUCCUCUUGCAGGCUCACGCUUUGAUUCAACCUCCAAGUCGAGGGCAUCUCCGAACCUCUCGAUAUGCAUCGGCCGGAGGCGAAGAUUAUGGCAGAUGAACUUAUUCUCCGUCCUCAGCAAAGAGAUAUGAUUUUUUUAACCUACAGUAAUGACUACUCUGUGUUUUUACUUCUCAACUAUGAUUGACCAUGAUCAACCAGCUGUAGCAA